AUGGUUGGUCUGAAGAUUUGGUCUAUCUCGCUGGUUAUACUCUACCAUUUCUGUCAGAGAUGUAUCCCGUGUGGAAUUUCAACACAUGUUGAAAUAGCACAUAGAGCUCUGGAAUUUUUCACUAAGCAUGAAGGGAGUGUUAAUUAUAGAAAGUUAUUACUAAAUCACCAAGAUGCUUUUCAAGCUGGAAGCAUUUAUCCUGAUGCCUUUUAUCCUCCAAUCUGCAAACGUGGAAUGUUCCAUGAUGUGUCUGAAGACACUCACUGGUCACCAUUUCUCAAAGCAAGUAUUGACUACAUCAGAAGGAAUUAUCCUCAGCCUUGGGAAGAAGCUACAGAGAAGCUGGUGGCUUUCCUGUUUGGAAUUGCUUCACAUAUGGUGGCAGAUGUUAGCUGGCAUAGCCUGGGCAUCGACCAAGGAUUUCUAAAGACCAUGGGAGAAAUUGAUUUUCGUGGGUCAUACUCAGAAGCUCACAGUGUUGGAGAUUUUGGAGGAGAUGUAGUGAGUCAGUCUGAGCUGGACUUCAGUUACCUGGCAUCAAGUUGGUAUGUACCUGUCAAAGACUUAGCUGCUAUCUAUAAGGAAUUUUAUGGAAAAGAGAUCAUAUCUGAAAGCACAAUUGCUGAAUGUACUUAUUUGCUGUUUUUUGAACUGCAUGGAGAAAGGCUUCUUGUUGGCAAGCUUUUUCCAACAUUUGCUAGUAAAUCUCCAUUUCUGGUGGACAAGUUCCACGAAUAUUUCCUUGGGGGAGUGGAUGACAUGGCAUUCUGGACCAACAACAUUUUUGAGCUGACGAGCCAUAUGCUAGAGAAUGGAACCAGUGACUGCUACCUGCCUGAGAACCCUCUGUUCAUAAACUGCACAAAGGAGCGCAAGGACAGCCACAUAAACAAACAAUCAAAACAGGAACAUCACAAGAAUACAACUUCUUUGCUUUCAGAAACACUUGAGAAGAAUAUAAACUAUACAGAGAGAGGAGUUCAAUUUGACAUACAGCCUUGGGCAACAAAAUCCCUCCGCUUGAUAAACCAUGCUUUUAAAACCAAUGUCUGGAGAGCAUUAGGAGCUACACAUCAGAAAUCUUCUAAGCACAUCUCCAAGCCAGCAGCUUCAUAUUUUCUGACUUCACCCUAUGCUAGGCUUGGAUGGGCACUGGUCUCAGCUGACCUAAACCAGGAUGGAUAUGAAGAUCUGGUGGCUGGAGCACCAGGGUACAGCACCAUGGGCCAUGUUCAGAUAGGAAGGGUGUAUGUAGUCUAUGGCAACCAGUCAGGUUUGCCACCAGAGGACAUGGAUCUGGAUGGGAAAGCUGACCAAGUACUACAGGGUCAUCAGCCUUCAGGAAGAUUUGGUUCUGCCUUGGCAGUCCUGGACUUCAAUGAGGAUGGAGUGCCAGAUCUGGCAAUUGGUGCACCUUCUGUGGGAUCUCAGUUUCUUACUUACAAAGGUGCUGUGUAUGUCUACUUUGGAAUGGAGGGAAGAGGCUUGGCACCUCAGCCAAACGUUACCAUAACUUGUCAGUAUUCCUACUGUAAUCUUGGUUGGUCCCUCCUGGCAGCUGAUGUUGAUGGGAAUGGAAAUGCUGAUCUGGUUGUGGGCUCUCCAUAUGCACCCGGUGGUGGGAAGCAGAGAGGAUUUGUGGUUGCAUUUUACUCUCAUUUCAACAGGAGUCACCAAGGACUUCUCCCAGUACAGGAUGCCAACUGGAUGGUGCAGGGGGAAGAAAACUAUGCUUGGUUUGGAUUUUCACUUGCCAGCUGCCAGCUGGAGAACAUGACAUUACUGCUGAUUGGUAGCCCUACAUGGAAGACUUGUUCUAGCUGCAGUCCCCUCUUGCCGGAUGUCAGACAGAGUGUUGGGAAGGUGUAUGGGUAUAACCCACCAAGUACAGAGCGCUGGUUUGAGAUAACUGGAGACAAGGAGAUGGGCAGAAUGGGUUUGUCUCUGGCCAGCGGUGUGCUGUCUGUGGCUGGGAACACAAGGAAGGUUUUGGUGGUGGGUGCACCUACUGCAGACAGCCUGUCUAGGAUUUUAUUUAUAUCCUCAGUGCUGCAUCAAGCUGGAUUGGCUCUGGUAUAUGACCUGUCAAACAGCACCAAGCCUUCUCUGCUCAGCACAUUCAGUGGGGACAGGAGGUUUUCUCGUUUCGGAGGAGAUGUAUACCUAAGUGAUCUGGAUAGCGAUGGGCUAGAUGAAAUGAUUGUGUCAUCCCCACUGCGAACUAAUGGUGUCACCUCAAUCCUGGCUGGUGGGGCUGCUGGCCGUGUGUAUAUUUUCAAUGGCAUACAGGCAUCCUCAGGGAAUGUGACAGGCCACUGCACAUCAUGGACAUCUCCUUGUCCUGAGAACUGGGCACAGUAUGUCCUGAUUUCUCCUGAGGAACGAUCAAGAUUUGGGAGUUCCGUUACCACUGUGAAAUCAGAAAGAAAGAAAGAAGUUGUAGUGGCAGCAGAGAGAAGUUCUGCGAAAGCUCGACUUGGUGGAAGGCUUUUUGUCUACUCACUGUAGAAGUUUGCAGUAGCCUUAAAGAUCAGGGCACACCUGGUCUUCUAGUGAAGAACCUCUGUAGGAUUUGUGCUACUUUCCUGAGCCCACACAAACCAACAUACCGUGUCAGCAAGCUUUUGCUGAAUUGUGAUGGGCAGCAGCAUCGCUUAUCUAGAACAAGCAAGUUGGUCUGAAAACCUUUUAGAGGUUGAAAUGAGCAAGGAGAUGCAUUUUUGGUAGUAGUAUUUGGCUGUGUAAGGAAUGUUCAGUGGACACCUUUACUGGCCAGAUUUGAGUAUCUUCUUGACAAAACUGGGAAAUUGCAGCACAGCAUUUACAAUUCUUACAUACUGUGAUAAGGAUUCUAAGUUAUGGAAAGUUACUGACAAAAUAAUAAGCAUGGAGCAGGGGCAGCUUUAAGACUGACAAAUGUGGGUGCUGAUCAACAGGACUGUCUCUCUCUUCUCUCUCUCAAGUCUUGAGGCGUGCAUUGAGGGUGUAAGUGCAGCUCAGAUCUCCCAGGAAAAAAAGAACAAGCAAGACUGAUAAAUUUUGAGGAAAUGCAAUUUGGCUGAUUAUUCUUGACAUCCUUUCUGCUUUUGUGUAAAAUUCCAUGACCAUGGUAACAUAGAGUUGUU